CACCACUGUCUGGACUGUGGAUGUAAACACUGCCGCGGUGGUCACUGGUUGUUGUUUCACACGUGCCUCACACAGUCACUGGUUCUGGUUCUGCUGGUCGUCGGGAAGAAUUGCAUUUCAAUAGCUCUUCCCCCUUUUCUUAUUUGUCUUGUUUCGUUGUUAAUUUUAGAGUUUUCCUCUCACUCCCACACUCGCCAGUCACUACAGCCUUCCUUCCUGCGACGCUCCACUGUCACACCACAAAUGGACGAAGACGUGGGAAAAGAGGUGCAGCAGAAGAGUGAUGAGUUCCCUCCUGGCAUGGCCCCUAAGAUGCUAUCCCUGCUGAAGAGUGUGACCACGCUGGAGCAAGACCUCAAGCCCCUGCUGGCCCAACCCUACCACGAGGCCUUCAGCAAGCUUUCCCCACUUGAACGAGCUAAAGUUGGAAUGAUGGAGAUCUACACUAUAAAUUCCUUAUUUUGGGUGCUGAUGAAGGCAAGUGGGGAGGAGAUGGACGAGACACUGCGGGAUGACUACAAGGUGGAGAUGGGGCGGCUCAGGGACACUCAGGGGCGGCUGUCAGAGGUGGAGGCGAGGGAGCAGCGGCCGGCCACAGACGCACGGGUGGCAGCCAGGUUCAUCCGGCAGGGACUGGGCAUCAAGGAGGAAGACUGUGCAGAGGAACCUUCUUAACUGCUGAGUGCCUGGAGAUGACCACACAGGCAUGAGGAGCCCACAGAGGGAUAUAGUCAUUGCUGUAAGGAGAGGAAGAGGAAAGGUGAAGAGUAAAUGUAAGACAAAAUAGUUUUUUUUUUUUUUUCAUAGUGUUUUAUAAAAAAAAGUUGAAACCAUA